AAACUGCCUACUUUCAGAGAAUUGUCAAAAUUGUAAAUCUUGAGAAUGGGUUAAAAAUAUCAACUUUUGUAGAAAAUAAAUAUUAUGAAAAAUGUGGCGUAAUUCAUUGAUUUUUCUAAGAUUUGCUAACAAUACACCAAAACUAACUGGAUUUUCUCAAAAUAUUUCGCAAAAAUGGUCCCAAAAAACUUUAUUUACUUCUCAAUCUUUGAAAAUGUUCAUUCAAACGCAAGAAACUCCAAAUCCCAACAGCGUUAAAUUUUUACCAGGAGUUCAAGUUUUGGAAAAUGGACAAACAAUUGAUUUUCCAAAUGGACAAGCUGCUUAUUGUUCUCCAUUAGGAAAAUUACUAUUUCGAAUUGAAGGAGUUAAGAGUGUAUUCCUUGGUCCUGAUUUUAUAACUGUAACUAAAUCUGAGGAAGACGAGGUGAAUUGGAAGUUACUAAAACCUGAAAUAUUUGCUACAAUUAUGGAUUUCUUUGCAAGUGGAUUGCCAGUGUUAAACGAAGCUGAACCAAAUCAAGACACACAAAUUAAAGAUGAUGAUGAUGAAACAGUGCAAAUGAUAAAAGAACUUUUAGACACUAGAAUCAGACCAACUGUACAAGAGGAUGGAGGUGACAUAAUUUUCGUCAGUUAUGAAGAUGGUAUUGUGAAACUAAAAAUGCAAGGAGCAUGUUCGAGCUGCCCAAGUUCUGUAGUUACUUUAAAAAAUGGUGUACAAAAUAUGAUGCAGUUCUAUAUACCUGAGGUACUUGGUGUGGAACAAGUAUUAGAUGAAGCAGAUAAAGUUUCUGAAAGCUAUUUUAAAAAAGUUGAUGAAUCAGUAAGCUCAAAAGAGAUGGAAGGGAAAUAAUACCUUAGUUUAUAUUUUUUCAUGAAAUUUAAAUAUUACUUUUGAGCAGGAAUAAUUUCAAAAUAAGUUUUUGUACUAGAAAUGAGGAAUAUAUUGUGAUUAAAUUGAUUCAAGGAUUUUCGAAUCAUGUUUUUCACUUAUUAGCAUUAUAUAUUAUUAAAUUAUGUAAAUAUAAACCAUGCUCAUGA